AUAAUGUAAUUAUGGAAUAAAUGUGUCUUUUGACACUGAAAAUAAGGCUACUUUACUAGUGCUAAGACUGCAAUCAGUUUUCGGACUUUUUAGCUAAGACUGCUAAGACAUUUCGAAGAGAAUUACUUUUUAUUGGUUGUUCUAUUCCGGUCUGGUUACCCAGACCACCUCAAGCUUGAGUAAUAGAAUGGCCGUUCGACGUAAAAAAAAAAGACACUGAAAAUAAGGCAUCAAAGACAUGACAUUGUUCGUCCGUAUCAAAUAUUCCUCACAGUCACAUCUGAUCUAAGAGAUUUUAUUAUCUGUACGUUUUACCCAAUUAGUUGAUAGUUGCACUUUUUAUUCUCUAGCUGCAAGAGGCACAAAGGCAAGAGGAAUGAAACUCUAUAAUACUUUCGAACAUCGUCCACUAUCUCAAUUUUCAUUGUUUCUGUUUCUUUUAUCUUUCAUUAUCUUUCUGGCUACUUUACUAGUGCUAAAGUUGUUUGUCCUCGAAAAAGGCUUCAUAAGUUUAAACUCGUAACAUGAAAGCUAUAAAUAGAGGAUCCUUAUAGACCAUUCACUACAUGAAACACAUAAACUCAAAGUCACCUGGCUCUCAUCUGAACCCAGCUAGUUCACAUUCUUUCUAUAAGUUCUCUGGCUAUUCAAUUUUCAUCCGUAACCUCUCAUUUCAAUCAGAACACAACUAUUUUCUACCUCUCGAGUUUCUUCUCGAACAAACAUUAUCAUUACAACACCAAUGGAUAAGCUACAGAAGAUGAUCUCCGAGAAGUCAGUAGUGAUCUUUAGCAAGAACUCGUGCUGCAUGUCUCACACAAUUAAGACUCUCUUCAUAGACUUUGGCGUGAACCCAACGAUCUAUGAGCUCGACGAGAUCAGCAGAGGACACGAGAUAGAACAAGCAUUGGCUCAGCUUGGCUGCAGCCCAGCUGUACCGGUGGUGUACAUAGGAGGGCAGCUCGUUGGUGGAGCCAAUCAAGUCAUGAGCCUUCACCUUAAUCGCUCUCUUGUUCCCAUGCUUAAGCGCGCUGGUGCGUUAUGGCUUUAAUAAUGUAAUGAUUAGGGGUGGGCACUUUACCCGAUAUCCGAAGUGGCAUCCGAAUCCGAUCCAAAAAACCCGAACCGAAAUCCGAACCGAAGUAGCAAAAUACCCGAAUGGGUAUUGAAUAAGGAGAGAUUGGAUACCCGAACCCGAACGGAUAAUAUCCGAACCCGAAUGGAUAUCCGAAGAUAACCGAACAUAUGUAUAAUUAACCU